CGUGUCGUCACGUGACAGCGUCUGUGGGCCUCGCGUAGGGGUAAAGCCGAUCCGGUUGGAUUGCGGGGAAAAGAGAGCGGUGGGGCAAGAUGGCGACGCACCUGUCCUACGGGCGAGUGAACCUGAACGUGCUGCGCGAGGCGGUGCGUCGCGAGCUGCGCGAGUUCCUGGACAAGUGCGCGGGAAGCAAGGCAAUAGUUUGGGAUGAGUACCUCACAGGACCAUUUGGCCUGAUUGCACAGUAUUCACUACUGAAGGAACAUGAAGUGGAAAAAAUGUUCACGCUUAAAGGAAGUCGUUUGCCAGCAGCUGAUGUCAAGAAUAUUAUUUUUGUUGUCAGACCCAGGCUAGAAUUGAUGGAUAUAAUCUCUGAAAAUGUGCUCAGUGAAGACAGACGUGGCCCAGCAAGAGAUUUCCACAUUUUGUUUGUGCCACGACGUAGCUUAUUGUGCGAACAGCGGUUGAAGGAUCUAGGUGUUUUGGGAUCCUUUAUUCAUAGGGAGGAGUACAGCCUAGAUCUCAUUCCAUUUGAUGGGGAUCUCUUAUCCAUGGAAUCAGAGGGUGCAUUCAAAGAGUGCUACCUGGAGAGCGACCAGACCAGCCUGUACCACGCAGCCAAGGGGCUGAUGACCCUGCAAGCUCUGUACGGGACGAUCCCCCAGAUCUUUGGGAAAGGAGAGUGCGCCCGGGUGAGAAACGGCAGGAGGGCCCCACCUGAUCCCAUGUUUUGUUUCCAGCAAGUGGCCAAUAUGAUGAUCAGGAUGAAGAGAGAGUAUACAGGGAGCCAGAAUUCAAUAUUCCCUGUUUUUGAUAAUCUCUUGUUGCUCGAUCGGAACGUGGAUUUGUUAACGCCUCUUGCCACUCAGCUUACAUAUGAAGGACUCAUUGAUGAAAUUUAUGGCAUUCAGAACAGUUACGUGAAAUUACCUCCGGAGAAAUUUGCACCUAAAAAACAGGGCGAUGGUGGUAAGGACCUUCCCACGGAAGCAAAGAAGCUUCAGCUGAAUUCUGCGGAGGAGCUGUAUGCUGAGAUCCGAGAUAAAAACUUCAAUGCAGUGGGCUCCGUGCUUAGCAAGAAAGCAAAGGUGAUCUCUGCAGCGUUCGAGGAGAGGCACAAUGCCAAGACCGUUGGGGAGAUCAAGCAGUUCGUUUCGCAGCUGCCCCACAUGCAGGCAGCAAGGGGCUCCCUCGCAAACCACACCUCGAUUGCAGAGCUAAUCAAAGAUGUAACUACUUCUGAAGACUUCUUUGAUAAAUUAACAGUGGAGCAGGAGUUUAUGUCUGGAAUAGACACUGAUAAGGUCAACAGUUACAUUGAGGAUUGUAUUGCCCAAAAACAUCCGCUGAUCAAGGUGUUAAGACUAGUUUGCCUCCAAUCCGUGUGCAAUAGUGGACUCAAACAAAAAGUUUUGGAUUAUUACAAAAGAGAAAUCCUGCAGACAUACGGCUAUGAGCACAUAUUGACCUUGCACAACCUAGAGAAGACUGGCCUGCUGAAACCACAGACGGGGGGCAGAAACACUUACCCAACCAUCCGGAAAACGUUACGCCUCUGGAUGGACGAUGUAAACGAGCAAAAUCCCACGGACAUAUCGUACGUGUACAGUGGUUAUGCCCCUCUCAGCGUGCGCCUGGCCCAGCUGCUUUCCCGGCCCGGCUGGCGGAGUAUUGAGGAAGUUCUGCGCAUUCUCCCAGGGCCCCACUUUGAGGAGCGGCAGCCGUUGCCCACAGGGCUGCAAAAGAAACGUCAACCGGGAGAAAACCGAGUCACUCUGAUAUUUUUCCUCGGGGGUGUAACCUUUGCUGAAAUUGCUGCCCUGCGAUUUCUUUCCCAGCUGGAAGAUGGAGGUACAGAAUAUGUCAUCGCCACCACUAAGCUAAUAAACGGGGCCAGCUGGAUAGAGUCGCUAAUGGAAAAACCUUUCUAGGGCGUUCAAAGGAGACUUACCGGUGAACUGCAGAAUAAACUGCUCCUUUGAAGAAGUUGCUGGAAGGAAGUGCAACCCCAUGGAGGAAUAACACGAGAAUACAGAAUUUACUUUGGGGUCAGCUUCUUAAAUUAUGCUGUUUUCUCCUUUCUGCUUGUCUUUUGUGUUCCUAAUUUCUUAAAGAAAGAAGAAUGGAAGAGAAUCAGCCAGGGUAAAAGACAUAACAGUUUUUAAUGUUCUGAGCUCAGGAUCUUCAUUAGAGACCUCUGGAAAUAUAUUAAGGAUGGUGGGAUGGAUAAUCUACACAGCCACACAGAUGGGUCCAGUUCUUAAGAAAGCAGGGACCAAGCAGGUAAAAAUGAAAAUAAAAGUGGAAGGUCCGACCCCUAAUAAAUAGUGCUGAAUUUCUUAAAGGUGCAUCAUGCCUAGGGCAGUGGCUGAGUGCUGGGGGCCUAGGGCUAGUAUUAUCACUGAGUUGAGAUUUCUUUUUCCUGCAGAACAUGGCACAUUACAUUCAGUGUCACCAGUCUCUACCUUAUCUGGUCAUUAAGGCAAGUUGUGUUCCUUCUGUUUUUGAUUCCUCUGCUUCUAAAAGCAAGAGGUUUGGAAGAGCUUCUUUCCCCAGAACAAGAUUAUGAUCUGCCUGAUCAACUAAGUCGGUAUGGGUCCCGUGCUUAUCAAGGGCUUUUUACAUUGAGUAACCUAAUAAUUAGGGAGCAGCUUCCUGAGAAUGUAACCAUUCAAAGACGCGUUCUUAGUGCACGUGUUAUUAACGCUAAGACAUUUCAAUGGUAGAUGCCUCCAGUUUUCUUCCCUGCCCAUCGUGGGCCGCACCAUCCAGCCAGGCCCACUGUGAGCAGUGGCAGCUUUGCUUCUCCAGCAUCCGGCAGCUCCCUCUCCCUGUUAAGUGCCACACGCGCUUCCCCAGCAGUCUGCAGACACACCCUAUUCGGCCUCUGGCAUUUAUUUUGCUAGAAGACACCCAGCCCCAUUUCAGUCCGUGGUCCGGUGACUUCAUCCCCCUCUGGUGCAGCUUGUCAAUGAUCUUGGAGUCCAGCUGCUACCCGUCCUACAGGAGACUGCUAGACUGCAGGACGGAGGAGCUUGGGUGCUGGUGGGGGAGUUGGAAAUCUCCCUCCUGCUCCAUCCCAGUGUCUGGAGGAGUUAAGGCCAAGAAGGGGACCAAAUUGAUGGUUUCACAGCCCUUGCCUGAGUCUCCAUCCAAAUUAGCUGAUCCCCGUCUUUGCUGAGGGCCAAAGUCAGUGUCCUUCCCCAGGUGUCAUUUCUACUGUUAAUUAGUACCUGUAUAUGUUUUCCUCACUUUCUUUCGCUAGUGGAAGUCUCUUAGCACACUGCAUGUUAUGAGUGAAGGAGAAAUUCUGUACUUUUUAAAAAUCUCCUUAAUGUAAGAAUGAGGGGUAGAAGAGGGAAUAUUUAAAAGAUUAGCUACUCGAGGAUUUAACUUGGCUUUGACAUUCAGAAUUUGGAAAGGUCUUAAAAUGAUUCCUGUUUUAGGAAUCCUUUUUCAGCUACUUGUUAUCCCAGGGAGAUUAGUUUAUACCUUCCAGCCCCAGCGGUUGUGAGUCUCAGCUGCUUUAGAGAAUGAAAUCCACCUUGUCUGUAAGUGUUUUCGGCUCAUGGGAUUCAAUUCAAGUCCAGUCAAGUCUCCUUGGCUGGGGUUUUGUCCUGUGAACAGGUACUCAGUUGUGUCUCGUGUGUCUGCAUUCACUGGUGACUCUAUACUUGCUUGCUCCGAGCAUAGUUAGGUCAGCUCCUAAAAAUGCAUUCAGCAGAAGACUUCAAAACAUCAAUUGCUUCAUUUGUAUGCAAAUAGAAAGUGGUGGAUAAUUAUA